AUGCCAACGCCAUCACUGGUACUGUUGCUGCUAUUAUUAGCGUUAAGAACGCCACAUGCCGAGGCGGAAUUUUUGGGAUGUAACUACAGUCUUUUCUUCGAGCCUUCUAUGACCUCGCUGGCGAUAAAAAAGUUUUACAACAACACGAGAGGCCGCGAGCAGUGGCCCAAGCAGUUUACAAGGGGCUGGGAAACAGAUGAGCCUUGUGCGUGGAACAACGACGAGAAGGCUCAUCCCGCACCUGCUGGACUUCGUUGUGUGAAUGGAAGUGGACACUUUUUGCCCCCGGUAUCCGAUGGGGGUCUUUUGUUUCUGGAGCACUACAGCGGCGAAGCAGAGGGUGAAAUACCACGGGAAUUUAAGGCCUUUCAAAUGACAAGUUCAAUUGGUCUUUCAUUCAAUAAAUUGAAUGGAACGAUAUGGGACACGAGCUAUCAUUGCUUUAUGCAGAAAUUGGAUUUGGCGCACAAUCGCCUCAGUGGAUCGCUCCCGGAUGACUUCAUGGCGCGGAACGUCCACGCUGAGAUUAUUAAUUUGGCACACAAUAAGUUGAGUGGUACGUUGCCGAGAUCGUUGUCGACACUUAAAAGUCUCGUGGUGUUGCUUCUGGAACAUAAUCGUUUUUCGGGUGAAAUACCGGAUUUGGUUUUGCUUCAGAAGUUGCGCCACAUUUCACUUGGACACAACAACUUCUCGGGCCAUUUGGGUCCAUGGGUUUCACAGAUGGCGAAUUUGGGGUGGUUGGAACUGCAGCACAAUAACUUGGAAGGGUCCCUUCCGGAGUUGCCAGGGAAAAUUACCCGAGUGGACUUUGCUGGUAACAACUUUUCAGGUUGUGUUCCAAAGAGUUACAGCCGACUUGGUUACAUGAGGCACUUCAACUGUACCGGGUGCAACCUAACCUGCCCGCAGCACGAUCUUCUCAGUCAUCUUCGCUACUCGUCACACUGCAAAGGAUAUUGA